AUGUUUCUUAAUAUCGGUGCCGUUUUCUUAGUGAUAGCCAUAGGCUUUGGUAGUAAGCUGGAUCAGGAUUAUACCGACGUUCUGGUUGCCAGAUGCAGAGCUCGUUGUCUUAAAAAGUGCUGGGACACAUGUCACAUGUUCUACAAAAACUUUAAAGUAUGGGGUCCGAUGUGCAGUGAGGAACACGCUUGCUUCCCUGGCUGUCAAGAGUCCUGUGAUUUCUACCGCUCGCACAGUCCUAUAAAUGAAACAGCGUCAACAAACCUGAACCUCACUCAGUCACUAAAAUAUAAUUACAUACAGGAUAAAGAUCUCGUUCACUUUGAAUGGCCUACACCAGCUGGCUAUAACCAUAUUGAACCUCUAGUUUAUAUCCUGGCUAUGCAGGAUCAACUAACGGCUGGCUGGCAACAACUCGAGCAAACGUUCUUUCAGAACUUCACUGUUCAGCCGAACCAACUUAAGUUAUUCACUCGAAUACGGCUCACCUCGUAUAAUUCUAACGGCAAAGUAGCUGAAGUUGAAAAGUUGUGCGCCGAAUUUAAUUUUGACUUCAAUGACGAACGAAACAAUCUCAUGUUCCGUGAUGAAAAACAUUUCAGUGGCGCGGCGCGCGGCAAUCAACCUGAUAUUUUACACCAUGACCGCGUCGACCAUUCUUGGGCAGCUAUUGUUACUUCGUUGCAUUAUUCAACAAAGCAUUUAGGAGGAGUGGACGUAAAUAUCAAAUGGCCACAAAUGUAUCGUAGCGCUAAAGUUGUUUUUAAGGUCGGAUGGAAGGAGGCCGAUCCUACUUCUGAAGGCAUCAGUCGCCUUUAUACACACAGCAAUAUGGUAACAAUAACCGUUCGGUCUAAACAUGUCUAUCUUGUGAACAUCCGCGCAUUCCUAAACGAAUCACUUCGGUCUAUAGCCCAAAGCAAGACUCUAAUUGUCGAUACAAACUCGGACAUUUUGGGUGAGAGUCCACUCGUUAAUGGCUGUCUAGAACGUAUUUCGGUCGAAUACGUAAUCUUUAUAACAGCUGGUCUGAUCUACGUUAUCAUAAUGGUUCUUUAUAUCUUCGUAAGCUUCUGGCAGCGGGAACGUAAUUUAAAUGCUGAAUCGAGGAAACCACCAUCGUCUAGUAGUCAAAACGAAAAAGGACCAUCUCUAAAUAAUCGCUCUCUAAAACAACAGCUUUCAUCUAUGAGUGCACGAAUUUCACAGGGCCCGCUGACUCCUAAAGGCCAGCAUGGCUGUUUCAUAGAAAAGCAGGUCUCAUUUCCUUUUCAACAGGCUAAUGGAAAAAACUCACAUAGACCUUGUUGAAAAAAUGUAACCCUAUUCAUACGUGUAAAUGUUCGCCCAUAUCUAAGUCACUGAUAAUAUAUUACAAUACGUUUAAGCUUCAUGCUACAUAGAGCUUAAUUAGCCUGACAGAUCCGAGCAUUCAUGUUAAGCGAUGCUAUGGACAAUUUUCUCUGCCAAACGAGUCGAAACUCAAUAAAUUGUGUUGAUCCUUUAACGUUGAAGGUUAUAGUAUAGUUUUUCCUGUAGUACUGUCAAAAUUGUACUUUA